CCGUUGAACUUACCCCUGACUUGCCCCUGACCCACACCUUGUACCCACACAAACUGAUAAUCGUGCUGAUAUCACGAGAAAUUUCUGGGUGUGAGGGUUAUUUUCUAAAUUCUAAUAAACGUGGAAAGACGAUUUUUUGUGCUAUGCGAAGAUUAUAGAAGCUGUUUGUGUUGUUUGUAGUUGUUGGCAUGUCAAUACGCAAGAUUGAGAAUAGAUGUCAAUGUUAUCAAGGGCAAGGGUGAAUGAAUAGAUGAGAGACGACUAACACAGAAACAGCCAAUUCCUUCAUUUUACUCAAAGCUAGCGCCGGCCUGUCCAUCUAAUCCGAAGCUGCGUAAAACCAGAGUUCUUCUCCAAAUUGUACUGUCUUCUUCUCGGCCAAGUGUAAGGGCCUCUUUCGCCGCUGACAAUGGCAGCCGAGAUUAAGCCAGCCGUGGGCGGGCAGCGCACCACCGGUGAUCGCAAGCUGACGCUGCUGGCUAAGGUCGAGGGCUUCGGCGACGACGUCCACGACGCCGUCUUCAUUGACGGCGAGGACGGCAUCAUCACAGCGUCAGACGACAAGUCUGUACGGGUGUGGCUGCGUCGCGACACGGGACAGUUCUGGCCGAGCGUGUGCCACUAUAUGCCGUCACCGACCACGUGCCUUUUCUACCACGCCUCCUCCCACCGGCUGUUCGUCGGCCUGGACAAUGGCACCGUUUGUGAGUUUCACCUGGCCACCGACUACAACCGUCUGUCCCCGGUGCGGGACUACCUGGCGCACCAGGCGCGUGUCACCGCCUGUCUGCUCUGCCCGACCAGCGAGUGGACGCUGAGCGUCAGCCGAGACAAGACGUUCCAGUACCACUGCACCGAGACGGGCCGCCGGCUGGGGGGACACCAGACAGACGCCUGGUGCACGGCCAUGCAGUACGACAUGACGUCCAAGCACGUGUUUGUCGGCGACUACUCGGGCCUCAUCACUAUGCUGAAGCUGGACGAGUCGGGCCCGACGCUGAUCACCAAGCUGAACGGACACACGGGCAGUAUCGGCGCUCUCUCUUGGGACGCAGUCCGCCAGUGGCUCUUCUCGGGCAGCUACGACCAGAACAUCAUCGUCUGGGACAUUGGCGGUCGCCAGGGCACCGCCUACGAGCUGCAGGGCCACACGGCCAAGAUUCUGUCUCUGUGCUACCACGCCGGCUCCCGACAGCUGCUCUCGGCUUCAGAGGACGGCUCGGUGGUGGUGUGGAAUAUGGCAGCCAGCCGGCGAGAGACCCCGAGCUGGAACGAGUCGGACGUCUGCCAGCUGUGCAGUAAGCCGUUUUUCUGGAACCUGCGGGCCAUGUACGACAACAAGCAGCUGGGCCUCAAUAGGCAGCACCACUGCAGGAACUGCGGUCGUGCCGUGUGUGACGCGUGCAGCUCUCGGCGCUGCACGAUCCCGCCGCUCGGCUUCGAGCUGCCGGUGCGCCUGUGCGAGCCGUGCUUCACCACAGAGUCGGCGGCCGGCCACACACCUCUGGCCUCCAUCCACGAGGCCAAACACCGCCUGGUGACGGCGGCCAUUGAUGGUGCUCGGCUGCGCUACCUGACGGUCGGUCAGGACCGGCUGGUGAAGGUGUGGGAACUGGCGGCGGCCUCCAGCUAGGAGAGCCGCCAGGGGAGGGAGAGGAGAGGCCCGUAGGGGAGGGAGGAGGGCGUCGAGAGAGGGGAGGGUGACCCUACUAGAAGUGAGUUGCUACGGUGAGAAGCGGUGCCACGGGAAGAUGAUAAAAGCACCUUGCUGAAAGACAUGCUACGGCUGAGUAAGAGUAGGACCGCUGGGGGUUUCCUCAAAGGGAGCUGGGAUUAACUGGCGGGAUCUGAUCCUGAUCUGAUAGAUCCUGAGAGAGCGGAGUCGCACAGGCUUUGGACUGGGCGGUGCGUUGAGUGGUGAUGUGACGCUCUUUGUAUAAGAAGGGAGGAAGAAAAGGUUGAUAGUGGUGAGGCAGGUCGACGGUAAAGGUGUUUUGUCUUCAGGACAGGUGAUCUGAUGGGCAGUUUUUUCUUCUUCACGGUGUACUUGUAGGCUUUCCGGUGGUAUUCUGCUUUACGGAUGGCUAUCAUACGAUGGGGAUAAUCUAUCGGGCAUUGUAAUUUUAUAGACUAAUGGAGGGAAAGCUAGCACUGCGGUGCUUGCCUAGCAUAUUUAUGCUACUCUUUGUACCAUCGCUGCCCACUCCGAGUCUGUGCACCGUUUCAUGCGUUUAUUAGUCUGGUUCAAUCCUCUGCUACCAUUUCUAGCCCAGAAACUCACAGUGUGAUCUUAGACUAGCAGUGUCAGCUUGUGAAGGCUUUGUCCGCUGUCUGUCGAUGCUGUUGUCUGUUUGUGAUCGUCUAGGUAGCGUAGGACAACAGCGGCGGUGAGUUCCAUGAUAGUAGUUUGUGAUUUAGUCAUCCCUACCAUUUGUGCGAGGAACGUCACAGUUUGGCGUUAAACGAGUGACACAGGCGGUCGGCAGCUGCGACCGAGACUGGGACAGCAUGCUUUGAUUCACCCAAGGCCGUUUCACCCCUCUGAGAUUGUUUACCGGUAGUGCUAGUGAAGCGUUCGUAGCCAGCUUCUGUCGGGCGCGUUAUUUUGUAAUCGGCUGUAUUUAUUGCGUUUGUAUCUCGUACGUGCACGUGCGUGUGUGAUCUCGUGUGCCCACGGUGUAUCUACUAUCUGGUGUACUAUAGCCGCGCUGUGCGGAGUUGACUUGCGGUCAAACCGUUUGGCGCUGGGAGAGCUCCUUGGGAAACUCCCGGGAGGCGCCCUGUUCGGGAUCGGGCGCCCCGAGUUUUCGUGAUGCCGGUGCUGCCAUGGCCACUGACGCUCCCCGGCCGUUUUGCGUAGAGUGGCGCGCACGCUGUCUCGCAGCUCGCAUCCGUUGACCAGAACCCCAAGAUGCGGCCGCUCCCCGGCAGCAGGGACUCGACAGUACAGCCGCCUGGUGGCCGAUCGGAGAAACUUGUGUCUGACGAUACUGAGCACAUAUCGAGAAAACGGAAACCCUGGCCGGCGCGGGAGGUCGCGCGGGACUGAGGGCACCUGCCCACCUGUUCGUUCUGACCGUUGACCCCAGCGUGACCCCGGCAGGGGAGACGCGCCCGACCGCGUGCGUCCAGCCGGACGCCAUGUAUUCUGUCUGUGAUUGGCACAAGUUUUUGGAACGAUCGUGCGUUGGCCGGGACGACUUCCCGUUCAUUUGUGGUGUUUAGCUCGCAUGCCACUAUCCGUAAGGUGGAUGGUAACCAAAUAUGUUACAUGUUAUGCUCGUCUAAUAUUUAAAUAUAUGCAAUGGUACAGUUA